AUGUCCGAGCCUAUGGUCCCAGAAACUUUUGCUGAUCGGCUUUAUCAGCGAUAUUACAACAUCAUGUUUUACUCCAACAAGUAUUUCCCACUCUGCAUCUUAUGUUGGUGCGGUCUCCUCAUCUUCCCCUACGCGCUUUUCGGUCUACUCGUCGACUUUCUCAAAUGGCAGUAUGGCGAUCCCAACUGGGUAUAUACCAAACCCCUUGAUCCAACAGAAGAUGAUGAGGAACGUAAUAUCGGUUACACUCCACAAGAUAAUACUACUGCUACUACGGUAGCUCCAGUCACAAGUGAACCCCAUCGCAACAUGACAACCAUGUUUUUCCGAGCAGGCGUCGCAAUGCCCAUGCCACGGAGGAACCCUGAAGAUGAAAAUAAAAAGAAACGCGGGGAUUGUCUCAAAGAAAGUGAACUGGACGAACUUUUCCCAGUUCAAACGUACGGUGCACUCAAAGCCGCGCUAAAACGCGAAUGGGCUGACGAAAAAAUUGCUGAAGAAGAACGAACGCGAGAAAAUGGUACAACUCAUGUAAAAACGCCAGCAGGACCUCCAGACGCGUCAGUACGGAAUUCAGUAUUGUAUCCAAUACCCUCAGAAAACUUAGCACUCAUGUGCACUAUAUGUCAAUGUGUCAUUGGGAAAGAAGAAGCAUAUGAUGGAGAAUCUGAUGAAGAAGAUGAGGACUAUGAGAAAACUCAUCAACAUGAAAAAGACGAUGACGAUGAAGAAGAAGAAGGAGAAGGAGAAGGAGAAGAUGAUAAUAAUUGCGGAGCAUCUGCUGCUUCAGAUCAAACACAGACAAAGAUUCCCCAUACACCUAGUCCACGAGGAGAUGACGUUUUAGUCCGCAGACUGGCAUGUCAUCACGUUUUCCAUGAUGAAUGUAUUAGAGAAUGGUUAUGUGAUGUUAAAGGAAGUUGUCCACUUUGCAGUAGAGAUUAUGCUGCAGAAGUACAUGGAGAAGAAAAGGAGGUUGACGAGAGUGUUGAAGAGAAUCAACCUGCUUAA